GAGCGGGGUGCGCGGAGUGAGGGGCGGUGCGGGGGGAGGCGGCGGCGGCGAGGAGCGGCGCGGCCUCAAGUCGCUGCCCAAGCGCGCCCGCACGCGCUGCAGGGGCAUGAACAUGGGGCAAAAGCUGUCCGGCGGAGUGAAGUCGGUGUCGCGCGAGUGCACGGCUCCCUUCAAGGCGGUGGUGGCGCGCGAGCUGGCGCCCGAGCCUCCGCGCCCCGCGCGCCUCGACGCGCUGCUCGAUGCGCCGCCCGCGCACCCCGACACGCAGCUCAAGCACGCUUGGAACCCUGAUGACAGAUCAUUAAAUAUAUUCGUAAAAGAAGAGGACGCGCUGACAUUCCACCGGCACCCGGUGGCGCAGAGCACGGACUGCAUCCGCGGACGAGUAGGGUACUCCCGCGGGUUGCAUUGCUGGGAGGUGGUGUGGCCGGCGCGGCAGCGCGGGACGCAUGCCGUUGUAGGUGUAGCAACUGCGCAUGCGCCGCUACACUCCGUCGGCUAUCAGAGCCUCGUUGGCGCUACUGACCAGAGUUGGGGAUGGGAUUUGGGCAGAAAUAAGGUGUAUCAUAACGCGAAAGGCACCGGCGGCAGUGGCACGACGUACCCGGCCUUGCUGCGGCCCGACGAACAAUUCCUAGUGCCGGACCGGCUACUAGUCGUACUGGACAUGGACGAGGGCACGCUGGCGUUCUGCGCCGACGGCCGCUACCUCGGCGUGGCGGCGCGCGGCCUCAGAGGCAAGACGUUGUACCCCAUCGUCUCUGCCGUGUGGGGACACGCGGAGAUCACUAUGAAGUACAUUGGCGGAUUGGAUCCGGAGCCACUACCCCUUAUGGAGCUGUGCAGACGCGUGAUCCGACAGCGCGUGGGGCGACCGCGGUUGCGCGCGGCGGCGUCGCGACUGGCGCUGCCGCCCGCGCUCACCGCCUACCUGCUGUACCGCGCACCCUAGCCCACACCUCUCCGCGCCUCGCCCGACCCCGACUCCCCCCCGCCAUCUCGAGUCCCGACUCCUGCGCCAGAAUCUCCUUCGUCGGACUCCGGGGCGUCCUCAACGCUGCGCGGCUUCGAAGUGUCUGUGAGCGUCCCAGCUGAACUCUAGAUUGCUCAGUCUACCGAACUGAACUCCCGCGGCCGCUCGCUCGCCCGUCUCGUGCCACUCGGAUGUGACGUGUCGUGCGACUAUCUCCGUCGACGCUCCCACCUUAGCACUAAGCGCAGUGAGUGAUAUUAGGGGCCCUCGGCUUCAUCCUUCGAGGUCACUUACGAAACGGCCAACUCUAAGGUCGAGCUCGUAAUCAAUGACUUAAUAGUAUAUGACGUCGAUCGAGUGCAUGAACAUCUGAAAAUCUCAAAACGACCUCUUGGGCAGGUUUGAGAAAUGCGGUCGCAUUCGAGUUGCAUGUGGCAUUCAUGUUCAUCGAAUGUAUGUAAAGUAAGAUUUCCCUCGAAAUAUUGUAACUAUGUAGAAACAAGAUAUCAGGUCUACCAUUGCAAACAUGAAAGAUUGUCAAGUUUUGUCGAACACCAAGUUUGUAUUGUUAAGACAAGCCGAGUGUUAAUCGAACGAUAGUCUCUCUCAGUUAUAUUGGUCUUUAUCCGUCCGGAUAUACCUACCAGAAUGUAAACCUGUUGUUGCUUUUUUAGGUCGUACAAUUAAGGCUUUUUACGUAACUAUCAUUUUCGCUGGGCUUACGAAUGAUGUUAAAUUUUUAAGUGAAGCCCGGUAUGCUGUAGGCUAUACGUACACAAUAGUGUAUUGCUGAAAUGACAUCGUUCGAUUACGCGCUUCGUUCGAGCGAAUUAUUGGCACAGCACCGUUGGCGCCUCUGUUGACGUAGUUGAUAGAUCAUUGCAAUAAAUCCAACGCGAAUAUCCACCUAAUUUAAUUUUUAUAUUGUCUGUGAUAAUUACC